UUAGGAGAGAAGCAUGCAUGGUAUUAUUAUUGAUUAGUACAAGAAUCUCAUCCCUCCUAUAUAUUUCAACUUUUCAGAUUUGUCUGAAAGCUUAGGUGGGAAGUCCACCGCACAAUUAUUAAAACCUAGCAGCCCUGGAGUGGCCUCUAUGGCUGACACCUCACUCAAAGAGAAGCAGCAGCCGCCAUCCAAGAAGGAACUCAACCGUGGGGCAUGGACGGCGGAGGAGGACCGGAGACUGGACGAAGCUGUCCACAUCUACGGUCCUAAGCACUGGACAGCUGUUGCUGCUAAAGCAGGGCUCAACCGUUGCGCCAAGAGUUGUAGGCUAAGAUGGAUGAAUUACCUGAGGCCAAACAUCAAGAGGGGCAAUAUAUCUGACCAAGAAGAGGACUUGAUCAUUCGGCUCCAUAAGCUCCUGGGAAAUAGGUGGUCAUUGAUUGCGGCAAGAUUGCCGGGUCGAACAGACAAUGAGAUCAAGAACUACUGGAACUAUCAUUUGAGCAAGAAGAAGUUGGACCAAAGGGUGUUAGUUGCUGGAAUUUCAACAAAAGAAAUGGGCUCUAAGAGUGAUGAGCAAAUUGAAGAAGAGAACGCACCUGGGAGAAGCAGGAGUGAGGAGGAACCAGAAACAAGGUUAGAUGUUGAUGAUUUCUUUGAUUUCUCCAAUGAGAAUCCUUCAACUCAGGAGUGGGUCUCCAAGUUUCUUGAAUUUAGUGAUGGUUGAAUAUGUGUUAAUAGUCUUUGAUUUCUGCAAGGAUUGGGGAUUAAAUCCCAAAACGGCUAGCUAAUAUUGUUGAAUCAGUAGACAUGUCCAUGUAAGUCAUUUUCUUGUUGUAAUGGAAAAGUAUUUCUAUACACCAGAGAUUUCCAUUAUUUCAACGUGACAAGUAGUCUUCAGCAUCACUAUUUUAGUAUAAAUAUGAUGCUUGUGAAAAAGAUAGAAAUUAAAUCAACAUGUAGUUUCUUUGAAAUGAGAAUUGGUUCCAGAGAUGCGCUUUUCUGCUUUCAGAUUUCUUUCAUAGUGCUAGUUCUAUUCUGCAAGAAUCUUUU